AUGUGGCUAGAGAUUCUGCUGUGUCUUAGAGUAGACCUAUUGUUUAUUUCCCCCCAUACAUCCUGAAAGAAGAUACACCCCUGUGAUGUUUGCUGCCAAAAGCUGCCAAGGGUGACGGCGCAAGAAAUGCACCACAAGCCCUUUUGAUUUUGAGGCAGCCCUGCCCUGACACCAGACAAGCUCUGUGGGAUAGCCCCGCAGGCAGGUCGGAAUCACUUGCAUUUCCCUGGGGGGCGUUUUAUUGACAGCAAUCUAAGAUAGGCAAUAACAUUGAAGUUAUCCAACUUUAUCAUCAUCACAUCGACCCACUGUCUGUGCGCAAUGGAGGUUGUGUUUGCGGCAGGAACGGCUUUGCGUCUGCGAAGUGACAGGGACCGCAGCGAGGGUCUUGGUCAGAACGACAGAGCCAUUAAGUUUCUGGGCCAGGACUUCGAGACUCUCAGAGCUCAGUGUCUUCAAAGUAAGCGACUGUUUGAGGACAAUUACUUUCCUGCAAAGCAGUCUUCACUUGGAUUCAAGGAGCUUGCGGCAAACUCGGCCAAAACGCAAGGUGUCCGUUGGAUGCGACCCACGGAGUUCUGCUCCGACCCCCACUUCAUCGUAGAUGGAGCAACACGCACCGACAUCUGCCAGGGAGCUUUGGGUGACUGUUGGUUGCUGGCAGCAAUAGCUUGCCUCACCCUGAACGAGAACCUUUUGCACCGCGUGGUGCCCCAUGGACAGAGCUUCCACCAUGACUACGCAGGCAUAUUUCACUUCCAGAUCUGGCAGUUUGGGGAGUGGGUGGACGUGGUGGUGGAUGACAGGCUCCCGGUGAGGGACGGCAAGCUGCUGUUCGUGCACUCGGCCGAGGGGGCAGAGUUCUGGAGCGCACUGCUGGAGAAGGCCUACGCAAAGCUGAAUGGCUGCUAUGAGGCCCUAUCUGGAGGCUCCACCUCCGAGGGCUUUGAGGACUUCACCGGCGGGGUGACGGAGAUGUACGAGCUGAAGAAGCCUCCCUCCAACCUCUACAGCAUCAUCCAGAAGGCGGUGGAGCGGGGCUCUCUGCUCGGCUGCUCCAUCGAUAUCACCGGCUUCUUUGACAUGGAGGCGGUGACCUUCAAGAAGCUGGUGAAGGGCCAUGCCUACUCUGUCACCGGGGUGGAGGAGGUGGUGGUCAAGGGCAGUCCCGCCAGGCUGAUCCGCAUCCGGAACCCCUGGGGAGAGGUGGAGUGGACGGGAGCCUGGAGUGACGAGUCUCGGGAGUGGAGCGGUAUCGAUCCCUCUGUCAAGGCCAGACUACAUCACCGCAGCGAGGACGGGGAGUUCUGGAUGUCCUUCAGUGACUUCGUGCGUGAGUUCAGCCGGCUGGAGAUCUGCAAUCUGACCCCGGACGCGCUGCAGACCAGCCAGCUGAAGAAGUGGAACACGGCGCUCUACCCAGGGGAGUGGAGGAGGGGCAGCAGCGCCGGGGGGUGCAGGAACUACCCAGCAACAUUCUGGAUCAACCCCCAGUACAAAAUCAACCUCACACAGCCAGACACAGACAACGAAUCAGGAUGCAGCUUCGUGGUAGCCCUGAUGCAGAAGGAUCGUCGGCGGUUACGGCAGGAAGGCAAGGACAUGGAGACCAUUGGCUUUGCCAUAUACGAGGUGCCUGAUGAGUGUAAGGGCCAGUUGGGUGUCCACCUGAGGCGGGACUUCUUCUUGCGGCAGGCGUCUAAGGCGCGUUCUGAGCUCUUCAUCAACCUGCGCGAGGUCAGCUCCCGCUUCUGCCUGCCCGAGGGCGAGUAUGUCAUCGUGCCCUCCACCUUCGAGCCACAGAAGGAGGGAGACUUCGUACUCAGAGUGUUCUCCGAGAAACCCACCGAUUCCCAGGAGGUGGAUGAUGAACUGACAGCAGACGUGCCUGAGGAGGAACGACUUGAGGAGAGUCAGAUUGAUGAAGGAUUCAAAGCCCUCUUCAAAAAGCUGGCUGGAGAGGAAAUGGUGAUCACGAUAUCCAAACUGCAGCUGAUCUUGAACAGGGUUGUAAGCAAACAUAAAGACAUCAAAACAGAUGGAUUUGGAAAGGAGGCCUGUCGUUGUAUGAUAGCUCUAAUGGAUAGUAAUGGCACAGGAAAGCUGGGUCUGACAGACUUCCAUGUACUCUGGGAGAAAGUGAAAAAAUACCUGGCCAUUUUCAGGCAGUUUGACUUGGACAAGUCAGGAACCAUGAGCUCCUACGAGAUGCGCCUGGCUCUGGAGUCUGCAGGUUUCAAGUUGACCAAUCGCCUCUUCCAGCUGAUCAUCCUUCGCUAUGCCAAGCCAGACCUCAAUGUGGACUUUGACAACUUUGUCACCUGCCUCAUUCGGCUGGAGUCUAUGUUCAAGACCUUCAAAACUAUGGACACUGAUACAGAUGGAGUGGUCUCUUUCAACUUCUCUCAGUGGAUCUCUCUCACCAUGUUUGCCUAAGACACUUGAACAGUUAAAUACCCACCGACUGUUAGCCUUUGAAGUCAACCAACAAAUUUCAAGCCAAAGAUAAAUCAGUUAAAUUGACUUAAAUCCUUUAUUGCCAUUUCUUUCUUUUAGUCUGACAUUAGGAAUGUUACAAGUAAGCAGUAUAUGUAUGUAACACAAGUAUCUGGUUGUAAAAAAAAGAACAUAAUCUCUGUGAUUUACAAGUCAUCUGCAAUAUGAACCCCUGGGCAACAAUGCCUUCUCUGCCUCCUUUCUGGAUUCCCUUUGGCAUUCAUGGAUUGUGAUAUGCAAGUCAUGGACAAAUCACAGCAUUGAUAUGGAAUGUAUUUAGUUUGUCUCCCCCCAUUGGCGAGGAGGUGAAUCAUUCAAUAAAAAUAAAUAAAGCAUCUCGACAGUUCACAAAGCAUCUUAUAUAGAAACAUGAUGUAGUGCUUGGCAAAGCUUAGUAAACAUUUUUGACUAUCUUUUCAAAAGGAAGUUUUUAAAAACGGUGUAGCAAAUAGCAUAAUAAAUAGAGGAUUUUUGGAUUCAACAUAGAAAUAUAACACUUUGUACAAACAAUGUACAUUCAAAGACAUCAGCUGCCAUCUUUCAGUAACCAACCGACGGUCAUCUAUGAUUCAGCACCAUUCACAUUCACUUCGAAAAAUAAAUACAAACUACUCUCCCACACAUCCGAGAUAAAACUGGCUCUUUCUCAAUGCCCAGAGUUCUAGCCUUGCUAGGAAGUGAAACGCC